GGGUAAACAUUAUUAUGAUUGUUCUAUUUCCAGGUCGAUCGAUUGCAGAAAAUGUGUUGCAGUCCAGCUCUAUAUCUUCAGUCUAGUUGAACUACCGCCCGAAAGGCGGCCAUCUGUACUAGCCAUCUAUAGUGAUUUGAAAUAAGAGUAGUACAAUUUUGAUAAACCCAUCUCUAGUUACUAGUUAAAGACAUGGUAUGUGUUCCAUGUUGCAUGACAUUUAUUUUCAAACACAUAACCUCUUUGAAUUCCUUGUUUUUGUUUUUGAAAAAGUGAAUAUUUUCAAAAAGGUAUCUUUCAAUUUCCAUUUAACUAAAUUAGAUCACGAUGUUUGACUUGGACGAAGAUUCAGAAACAAGAAUUGAUAUCAAACUGUUUAAGGAUGUUGAGAAUAUAAAAUCUUUAAAGCAGAGGCUCAUGAAGGGUGAACUCAACUGCUGUAUCGUGAAACCUACGUUGAUUGUAGAUCCAUUUCAAAUUGUGGUAGCAGCAAAUAAGGCUCUGAUUAGUGAGAAAAGGACUACAAAGUCUGUGUUCACCGAAAUUCUAUUUAACCUGUCUAUAUCAAAGAAUAUUACAAAUAGUCUUAAAACUUUUGGAAUAGAGGAUAGUGAUAAACACAUUUUAGUUGUUAUUGUGAAUGAAAAAGGUGAAGACAAUAGUAAGAUUUGUAGUGAGAUUCACGGUGAAGAACUGGAGUUGAUGCAGUUGAAAAAUUUUAGUGAUGUAAAAGCAAUUCAGAAAGUAUAUAAGAUUCAUGAGGAUGAGUUAUCGAAUGUGCCACUGUUAGAUUCUGUAGUCAGUAGGAUAGCUGUUAAGGAUUUCUUAUAAAAUAAAAUAUGUAAAGCAUAAACACUUUGAUGCUGAAUGUUUCCUAUAUGUCUCUUCCAUUUUUUUUUGAAAUGUUCCCAUAUCCCAAUAACAGAAUAUGAUGAUGCGUGUGAAGGUAGCUCCAAAAGCUGUCCUACGCGCCGCUAGAUUACAGCGGACCGAAUAAAUGCUGUCCGCCUGCCAUACGCCCUGGCCGUAGCGUUACUCAUAGAAGCCCGUGACGCGCAUACGAGG